AGCGCUUGUGGUGGCCGAGUGCCGGUGGUUGGGCGUGCGGGGCCGGCGGGCGCGCGCGCGCCGGCUUUCCAGGUCCCUCGGGAGGUGGGGGAGCGCCCGACGCGGACCCGCCCGGCGGGCGGCGGCGCGCGCAAGGGCCGGAGUGGUGUGCGCGCGUGAGUGUGUAUGUGUGUGAGGAGCUCGGGUGCGAGCACGAGCCGUCAGUCCCCGGUGCGAGUCCGCCGCCGUCUUCCACACCCUCCCUCCAUCUGCGCUCCUUCCCUCCGACUCUCCCGCGCCACCACGGCCGCAGACCGAGGGAGAGCUCUGGAAAGCAGGUGUAGGGGGCGGGCGGGGUCGCACGAGACAAAAGGGAGCGGGGGUCAGCCCUCCAUGGCCUCCCGGAGCCUGGGGGGCCUGAGCGGGAGCCGCGGCGGCGGCAACAAGAAGAGCCUGAGCGCCCGCAAUGCUGCGGUGGAGAGGAGGAACCUGAUCACGGUGUGCAGGUUUUCUGUGAAGACCCUGAUUGAUCGGUCCUGCUUUGAGACAAUUGAUGAUUCUUCUCCUGAAUUUAACAAUUUUGCAGCUAUUUUGGAACAGAUUCUAAGUCACCGGCUAAAAGAGAUUUCCCAAAGUUGCAGAUGGCUGGCUCAUCUCCAAAUACCUCUUCAAGGUCAAGUAACCUGGUUUGGUUAUGAGAGUCCUCGUAGCUUCUGGGACUAUAUCAGAGUGGCUUGCCGGAAGGUUUCACAGAAUUGUAUCUGCAGCAUUGAAAAUAUGGAAAAUGUCAGUUCCUCUAGAGCUAAGGGUAGAGCCUGGAUCAGAGUAGCACUCAUGGAAAAACAUUUAUCUGAAUACAUUUCUACAGCUCUGAGAGACUUCAAGACUACCAGGAGAUUUUAUGAGGAUGGAGCAAUUGUCUUGGGUGAGGAAGCAAAUAUGCUUGCUGGCAUGCUGCUUGGACUCAAUGCUAUUGAUUUCAGCUUCUGCCUAAAAGGAGAAGGAUUAGAUGGCAACUUUCCUGCUGUAAUAGACUAUACACCAUAUUUGAAGUUUACCCAAAGUUCUGAUAGUAUCAGCAGUGAUGAAGAAGAGCUGAGGACUUUGGGAAGCAGUGGUAGUGAAAGCAGCACUCCAGAGAAUGUUGGGCCUCCUUUCAUCAUGGAUGAGAAUAGUUGGUUCAACAAGUGUAAGAGAGUUAAACAGAAGUAUCAACUAACCCUUGAACAGAAGGGUUAUCUUGAAGAACUCCUACGACUUCGAGAGAAUCAGCUGUCUGAAUCUGUCUCCCAGAAUAAAAUACUACUACAAAGGAUUGAAGAUUCUGAUCUGGCCCAUAAACUGGAAAAGGAACAAUUAGAAUAUAUAAUUGUGGAGCUUCAAGAUCAGCUGACUGUGCUAAAGAAUAAUGAUUUAAGAUCAAGACAAGAGUUAACUGCCCACCUCACCAACCAGUGGCCUUCCCCAGGAGCUCUGGAUGUCAAUGCUGUUGCCUUGGAUACGUUGCUUUACCGAAAACACAAUAAACAGUGGUAUGAAAAAAGUUAUCAAAGUCUUGACCAGUUAUCAGCUGAAGUUAGCCUUUCUCAGACUUCACUGGAUCCAAGUCAGUCACAUGAAGGAGAUGGAAAACAAGACACAUUAAAUUUAAUCAGUGAAGGUAAAGAAGAUACUCCCUCAUUACUUGGUCUCUGUGGGUCUCUAACAUCAGUGGCAAGUUACAAAUCUCUAACAAGUCUAAAAUCUAAUGACUACCUUGCAAGUCCUACAACAGAGAUGACAAGUCCGGGCCUAACUCCAUCCUGAAAAAUUUUAUGUUUUUACAUUGCUAAUGUUCGCCUUACGUAAUUUUGCUGGGAAAACCUUUGGAAUUUCAUAUUGUUCUAGCACAUGUCUAGAAUUCUGUUGCUUAUAUUAGAGAAUUCAAUCUACUCCAUGUAAACUUCUGAGUUAAAAAAAUGAUCCUGCCAUUUUUCAUUGUAUUUGUCACUGAGAAAGUUUAAAAAUGUAUAGGCUUAAAUAAUGUACAACUGAAAUUUCAUAAUGUUAUAAACUCUUAUGACCUCAAUAAAAACAAAAGAACAGGCUUAAAAAGCUUUCAAACAUCCUCUAAAUUAAUAAUCCACUGCAAAUGGUACAUAUUUAUUAUUCAGCUGAUUUUCAUAUAUUUAGAUGUAUCAUAAUUGCCAAAGACUUAGUUCAAGGUUUUAUUCCAGAGACGUAAGCUAAGUAUUUUCUUUCUCUCUUUUAUUCAGUGAUUAAAUUUUAUAAAAAUGAUUUAUUAAUUUUAAUUUCUUCCUAGGUUCCAAUGUUUAAAUGCCUGUUUUAAUAUGAGGAGAAGGCUCUCAGCUACAGUUUCAUGGCGGCUUAUUCUGUUUCUUUAACAGUUAUAAUUUGAUAUCAACUUAACAUUCCACUUAACAUUUUAUACAUUUUGUAGGAAUGUGCCUUUAGGCAGUUACUAAAUUUGUUAAGGUCAUAGGGAAAGUAUUUUACAGUAUUUUAGGCCAUUUAAGUAAAAUGAAUAAAUUCCUUAUCUUUUUUCCCCCAAGAUUUUCUUAAAAGGUUAUCAACUAAAAAAUAAGAGCAAAUAUGCGUCAAAAGUUGGAAACAUUUAAAAAGUAGAACAGAUGUUGAAACAGUAUUUCAUCAGGUUCAAUUAAAGAUUUGAGAAGCUUUUAAAUAAGCAUCAGCAGGAUAAUCACCAUAUUGAACAAUAUGUCUGACAUACAGUGCUGUUUUUCUCUCCCUGUUGUGCAACAAUGAAUUGUCUUGAAUGUUUUACAGUUUCUAUCAGUAAUCAUGCCAUAAUCUCAUUUUAAAAUUGAUGCUAAAAAUCCGUACACUUCUACAGGUAAAAAAUUAGUUUUCUGUGUAAAAAAAGCUAUGAGCUGUAUACAUUUCGUCCCUAAAAAUUCCACCAUAUUGAAAGAGAAAAUAUGUGAAGUAUAUUUUCUAUAAUAAUAUGAGGAAAACAGGAUCAAUUGUGCCAAAGAAGUUUUAUAUAUUGUUUACAUGAAGAGGCUACAAUACUUAUUGGGGACUUCAUAUGCUAUUUUUGUUUAUAAAUAAAACAAACAUUACAUUCAAACUUAGGAGCUUUCACAUAUAGGAAUACUGUUCCUCCUAAAGUAAUUUACUGAGAGGAGGCAAGAAACACUGAAUUUAUCACGUUCAUUCUUUGUAUUAGAAAUGCAGGAGUAUGGUGGUUCUCUGCAAUUUUUAGAGCUUUACUCUCAUAAUUUGGAAUUUAAGAUAAUAAAUAAUAACAAGGCUAGACAUAACUUGGAAUUUAAGAUAAUAAA